UUUCAAACCCCCUAAAUCUCCGGAAACGGUCAGCGUCUAUUUUCGAAAAUCCCCCAAUUUUAGCUCAAAAUUGUAAAUAUUUCAUCAAUAAUUUAAUAAAAUCUUUGUGCCGUGCAAAGCGUGAGUGGCAUUAGCGUGCGUACGUGCUGGAAAAUUCAGUGUUUUAAUGGCGAAUUUAUGCCGAAAGAUGAAUUACUUGGGUGGUGCAGUUGGGAAUGGGGUUUGGGGUGGCGGGGAGGCCAAAGUUGACAAUUUGAGAAAGGCAAACGAGUGUCAAGUGAACCAGUUUGUGGAGCAUCAGGACGAAAAUAUGCCCCCAAAGGCAAUGCAGCUGGACAAGCGCAUUGCAUCACUUCCAAUUGAGGAGCCGUGGAAGUUGCGGCUGCAAGAGGCACUCACCAGUACAUCCGCCUCGGAGCGCCUCCGUGCCAUUAGGGCCAUCAAUACGGGGGAGAUGGACAAGGUGACGUCAUUUGAUGUACCACACGAGAUGCAGGAGAUUGUCACAGAGGAGGAACGUAGAAAGGCGGAAGAAGCCAACACGGUGACAAUUGCAGAAGUCAUGGCUGGAGUUUGUGUCUACGUGGAGGUUCGGAGUGAACGUGAAGAUAGAUCCGAGAGCAUUAAGGCUGUCCUAAGACGUCUGGGGAUCAAGGUGAAUGAUAAAUUUUAUCGCAACACGACACAUGUGGUGUUCAAGGAUGGUCUCAUGUCGACGUACACCAAGGCCAAAAAAUGGAAUAUCCCCAUUGUGUCGAUCCUGUGGAUUGAGGCGUGCCGCCAGUGCCUUAUAGUCGUGGAUCCCGAGCGCUUCCGACCAAAUGAUCUGGAACGCUACGAACAACCGGAUUUGUACAAAAUUAAGCGACACAAAUUUAUUCGCUGUGAAGCCGAAAGCCCCCACAGGAUUGCUUCCAAAUCUCUCGUAGUGAAUCCCCCAAGUCCGGCUGUGGCCACACCGAAAGUCCUCUCAAAGACAACAACAGGAGAAACGCUCUGUGAUACACCAGAAACGAAAUUCAUCAAUAACAUUCUAGUCGCUCCCGCGAGAGGACAAAAGACUGAAGAUGCAGCAAAUGUUAAGACUCAAACACUCGAUGAUUCCAGCAUAGAUUCCCUGGGAAGUGGCAAGAAAACUCAGUCAAUUUCCACGGAAGCACACGCAAUGACACCACGGAGAUCAGCUAGGAGAGCUUCAACGGGAAUUUCUUCAUCUCAGGACGGGGGGACACCUUUUAAAUCCCUCCGGAAGUCCCUUAGUAUGGAAUUAACCUUCCCGGAUAGUCAAAAUUCUCAUAGAGCUGCCCCUGGUAAGCUUGAAAAUAUCGAGGAGGGAGAUGAAAUGGACUUGGAAGUGCCAGAGAAGCGCACAACCAUCCUCACGAUGGAAUCCAUGAUUGAGAGUCCACAGGCAACGAAUGGAGUUGUGCAGAAGCCACCAUCUCGCUGGACGGAAGUCAAUGGAGAAUCAACCAUGGAGGUUAUUGAGGAUGCCACAAUCACACCCAAUAAGUUGAUUUUCUCCUCCACGGCAACACCCGGAAGUUCCCGUAGAGCUACAUUGUUUCACCAUCGCAUCCAGAUGCUGAACAAUAGUGCCAAAGCUGAAAAGACAACGAUGAAAGCUCCUGUGAGGGAAUUUGAGGAUCUUCUCACUAAAACACCCAAAGAUGUGGUUGAAAAUACAAAAUCUCGUCGUAGGACUCUCUGCCCCCUUCCCACUGUCGAGACAUUCCCGGAAUUGUCACGAAAAGAUGAUAAAGAAAAAUUGGAAUCACAACCAAAGCGCAGGAAGCUUUUUCAUCACUCAACAGCCGUGGUGGAGGAGCCUCCGGUGCUGCCGGAGAAGACACCAAAGAAACCCACAGAGCGUAGAAAGACAAUGGGACCCAUCAAGGCUCCUCCUCCGUCUGUUGUGCCCAAGAAGGAUGAUAAGAGACGUAGCACGUUGGAAUUUGAGGUGGAUACCGCAGUGGUGAAGCCCCCUAAGGAGGAUGAGAAGAAUAAGAAGAAGAAGGAGGAUCCAACUAUUGUAAUCACCAAUAUUUACGGAAAGGAUAAGAAUUUUGUAGAGGAGGCAGUGAAGAAGUUGGGCUACUUCCGGAUGGAACGUACCGUGACACGGGCUACGACUCACCUUGUGACCCUCAAUAAUCCCUCACGCACGCUCAAUAUGAUGCGAGCUCUCAUUCGUGGUGUGUGGAUUGUCAAUCUGGACUGGAUUAAGGCAUCCGUGGCAGCUGCCAAAUGGCUUCCGGAAGAACCCUACGAGAUGCACAAAUUCGCCCCAGCUGUCAGGUUGAACCGCACUGAGAGGCAACUACUCGGAAAUAGCUUCAAGAUGGACCUCUUGCGCGACACAAUGCCCAUUUACGUCUCCCCCCGUUGCAGUGUCCCCCUGAAAGAGAUGCAGGAACUCAUUGUUCUCUGUGGAGGACGUGUAGCCACGAAGGCGCAAGCAAAACUCAUCCUGGGGGCAAAGGGCACACAAUGCCCCAAUGGGACAACAUGCGUCACUUCCAGCUGGAUUCUCGAAAGUAUCCUAGCUCGUCGCGUCCUCCCAACUACCCCCUAUGUGGUGCAGCAAUAAAAACUCAUAACGUUUGCGGGCGCCUCCAAUUUGUUUAUUUCUCAUAAUCUUUUCUUUUUAGUUUUAUAUCAAUUAUGUCAAUCAACACCUCUUACAAAAAAAAUCGAGAAUUUUUUCUGCCUUUCCAGUCCAAAUAUUCUUUUUUUUUUAUUAAAUAUUUUUUCACAAGA